CCAAGAAGCGGAGCAUUCGUUCGUGCCAGUCUUCAGAGAACCGCUUCGCCACUGCCCGUCACUCGCACCUCGCGUCAGCCUUUCUCCGUCUCAUCUGUCACUGUGAGCUCACGGCUGGACCUAGUUUUGAUGCAGUGGCUUCAAUUCUGCUCUGACGACCUUUUUUGGCUUCGCUCCGUGGCAGAUGUCUCACACGGACGAAAACUGCCUGUUCUGCAAGAUCAUUGCGGGAAAAAUCCCUUCGAUGAAGCUUUCUGAAACUGACAAGAGCUAUGCAUUCCUCGACAUCGGCCCGCUCUCCAAAGGCCACGCCUUGGUGAUCCCAAAGUACCAUGCAGCCAAACUGCAUGAGCUGCCGGAUGAGUACCUGCAUGAGCUUCUUCCGAUCGCCAAGAAGCUCGCAAUCGCCUCGGGCGCGACCGAAUACAACAUUCUGCAGAACAAUGGGCGUGGAGCGCACCAGCUCGUCGACCACGUUCACGUGCACAUGAUCCCCAAGCCGAACCAGGAGCAGGGGCUUGGCGUUGGAUGGCCGGCCAUGACGCCUGAGAAGGAGGAGCUGCAGAAGGUCUUCGAGGAGAUGAAGGGCAAGAUGUAAAGCAUCGGAUUCGGCUUGGAUCGGGACGAAGCCGUGGAAUGGAUCAACUACUCUCAGUCGUGCGCUUGAUGUCCUGCAGCUCUGCCUGGCCCAAAGUCUCUCAUCGUUAUGCAACUCGACUUUUUUACAUUCAACAUUUUCCAUAUCCGUGACGCAGUGAGGAGCUCGCAGCUCAGUGGACGUAGAGAACUAGGAGCGUUUCGAUGGUACUUGAUACCUUGGUGCAGCUCAUCUGAGGUCGAGCCACACGAAUAUAUGCGUUCUCCCGGAAGAUCCGGGGGAAAGGUCCAACAUCCCAGGGGAUAUUGGAUUUAUUUACCGUGGUUACCGCCUGUCGGGAUCUAGAUUCUGGUAUCUCUUUGGCGCGUUUGGCACGGCGUUGCGAGAGAUACCCGCUGAAUCAUUACAUCACAGCACCGCAAAUCAGUCCACCUUGAAAGCCUUU